CUGUGGAUUUUGUCACUCGCUGACUGCUGUUGAUAAUAUUGUGUCAAGACAAGGCGAGUCAUAUCAACAAAAAAACUUUUUAUGUGGUUUUGUUAUUGUACGUAAAACAUAGUUAAGAAUGUUUCAAAUUGUACGUUAUUAUGGAAAAUCACGAACCCGAACAUGACAAGGGUUUGUUGUCUGACACGUUCUGGAGGACACCUCAGCGCGCUGUACCGGGGAGGCCUUACCAAAGGGUCAUCUCAAACGAGGUUAUGUCCGGGUCGUCGUAUCAGCAAUUCCAGGCGUCAGUCAACGACGCUUGGGAUCUCGGCGACGACGAGAUCAUCUCGGGGAUAGCGGACACUAAAAUAUCGAAAAGUAUAUCGGAAACAGCAGCCUUGAACGUCAUAAAUUCCCACAGAAACAGCACUAAAAACGUAAACAGAAGUGACGUGAAGGUUGAGAGUGAAGUUAAGAGUAAAGAGGUGGUGGAAGUUAAGAAGAAUGAGGGUCGGAAGGUCGGUGGUGGGUCGGGUAUAAGGCAGUAUCCGGGUCGGCCUCGCCCAGUGCGGCUAUCAGCGCUCGCUUCACGCGAGGAGAGCAGUGAGUCUAAAUUGGAGCGCUUCCAGCAGAUACACGAUAGCACAGUCGUCAACCUCGACGAACUCAAACAGAUCAGCUGGUCUGGGAUACCAGUUAAAACUAGAGCUGUAACAUGGAGGCUUCUGGCCGGCUACUUACCAGCUAAUUCUGAACGUCGCGCAGACACACUGCAACGAAAACGUGCCGAUUACAAACAUCUAGUAAGACAAUAUUAUGAUGCAGAAAGAGACGAUGAUACUUACCGACAGAUACAUAUUGAUAUACCAAGAAUGAGCCCACUCGUAGCGCUGUUCCAACAGAACACUGUUCAGGUUAUGUUCGAGAGGAUCUUGUAUAUUUGGGCAAUAAGACACCCAGCUUCCGGCUACGUCCAAGGCAUCAAUGACCUCGUGACGCCGUUCUUCAUGGUGUUCCUCCAGGAGGCUGUUCCUGGCGAGGAGCUGGAUAACUAUCCUCUGGACAAGUUGACUGAAGAGAAGAGGGACAUCAUUGAGGCAGACUCGUUUUGGUGUCUCUCCAAAUUCUUAGACAGCGUUCAGGAUAACUAUAUUUUUGCGCAGCUGGGAAUACAAUACAAGGUAAAUCAAUUGAAGGAGCUGAUAAGACGCAUCGAUCUGCCACUCCACGAGCAUCUGCAGCAGCACGGUGUGGACUACCUCCAGUUCUCAUUCCGCUGGAUGAACAAUCUCCUCACGAGAGAAAUACCCUUAGCCUGUACCAUUCGAUUAUGGGACACUUAUCUUGCAGAAUCCGACGAGUUCGCUACAUUUCAACUCUACGUCUGUGCCGCUUUCCUGCUUCACUGGAGAGAGAGAUUGAUGCUGGAAAGAGAUUUCCAAGGUCUAAUGAUAUUGUUACAGAACGUACCAACACAAAAUUGGACUGAUUCAAAUAUAAGUGUACUAGUUGCAGAGGCGUAUAGGCUUAAGUUUGCUUUUGCCGAUGCCCCCAAACAUCUGCAGAGCGGUAAAGCAGACAGGUGACCACGUUUUGCCCUUAACGUGGCGGCGAGGCCUAGUUAGUGGUAUGUGUGAAUAUUCUAAUGAAUGAUUUUGAGAGGUGGAAAACUAAAUUUUAUAACAUCUACUAGCCGACGAUGGCUAUACCAACAGUACUAGUAUGGUUUAAUUGUUGUUAAAGCUGGUGUUCAAACCAUUUUAUGUUGAAUUUUGAUCAUUUUCAAAAGCACCGUUAGCUUGUUACAAGUUGUUAAAAGCAUGCAACUAAAUCGCUUUCAUUUAUCUAUAUAUGUUGGUAUUUCAUAAAAGAAAAUUACAUACUCUAAACUGUAAUGACUAAGUUUAGUCUUCCACUUGGUUUGAGAUAAUAAUGAAAAAUAUGAAAAUGAAGUUUGUAAAUAAAAAAACGAUGUAUAUUCAUACAAUAGGAUAGUUUGUUAAUCAAAAGCCUUUGCGAGUAACAUCAUAUCGUCAAGAUAAAAAAAUAUCAAAAUAAAAAAAAUGUAUAAAAAUAAUUCACAUUAUUACAUUAUUGUUAGUAAAAGUUUAUUUAAUAAGCUGUAAGCGCCAGCUUAUUUACUGAGAAUACGUGAAUACUUUGUUUCAAGAGAAUGCGAGAUUUUCAUCGGAAUCUGAAAAAAACCGGUCACUAGAUUCAAUAUAUCAUUUGAAUGAAUUUCGUGAUUAUUGUUAAAAUAUUUCACAGCGGUCGAUGCGACGCCUGAACUCCGCAAGAAAAUACAACUUUAAACAUAUAAU